UGGGUGUUGGUAGGGGUGGCUGCGCCUCGUGCGCGCGCUAGAGUGCGAGAGCGCGCAGUGUCCCGGUCGUCCCGGUGUGCGGAGUUGUGGAGGAUGGAGGUCAGACCCGAGCGAUUUAAAGCGGCAGCGGCGAAGACGCUCGGAAGGAUAAACCGGGUUUUAGAAAAGCGUCAGGAGAAUGGAGAGACGAUCGAGUUGUCUGCAGAAGGUCGUCCACAGCUUCAGGAGGAGAAAGAUCUUCCUGUGGUGGACUGCACGUGUUUUGGGCUUCCACGACGAUACAUCAUCGCCAUACUGUCAGGCCUCGGGUUUUGCAUCUCAUUUGGUAUCAGGUGUAAUCUGGGAGUGGCCAUAGUCAGCAUGGUUAACAAUCAUACCGUCUAUAAAGACGGCAAGCCAUAUGUUGCGAAAGCUCUGUUCACGUGGGAUCCAGAAACCGUCGGGAUGAUUCACGGAUCAUUUUUUUGGGGCUACAUUGUCACUCAGAUUCCUGGAGGUUUCAUCUGCCAGAAAUUUCCAGCUAACAGGGUGUUUGGUUUUGCCAUUGUAGCCACGUCUGUCCUAAAUAUGAUGAUUCCUGCAGCGGCCCGGUUGCAUUUUGGCUGUGUGAUUAUAGUGAGAAUACUGCAGGGGCUGGUGGAGGGUGUUUCUUACCCAGCAUGCCAUGGGAUCUGGGCAAAAUGGGCUCCACCUCUAGAAAGAAGCCGAUUGGCCACAACAGCGUUCUGUGGAUCAUACGCAGGUGCCGUCAUCGCGAUGCCUUUAGCUGGUGUGCUUGUACAGUAUUCAGGCUGGUCAUCAGUCUUCUAUGUAUAUGGUAGUUUUGGGAUCUGCUGGUACAUGUUUUGGAUUCUGGUGUCGUAUGAGAGUCCUGCAGCUCACCCCACCAUCACCCCAGAGGAGAGGAAAUAUAUUGAAGAUGCCAUCGGUGAAUCAGCGACACUCUUGAAUCCACUGACGAAAUUUAAAGCUCCCUGGCGUAAGUUCUUCACAUCAAUGCCCGUGUACGCCAUCAUCGUGGCAAAUUUCUGUAGGAGCUGGACCUUCUACCUGCUGCUCAUCAGUCAACCGGCGUAUUUUGAAGAGGUCUUUAAAUUUGAGAUUAGUAAGGUUGGUUUUCUCUCUGCUCUUCCUCAUCUGGUGAUGACUAUUGUCGUGCCAAUUGGAGGACAGCUAGCCGACUACCUGAGGAGUCACAAAAUAAUGACGACCACCAAUGUCAGGAAGCUCAUGAACUGUGGUGGGUUUGGGUUAGAAGCCACAUUUCUUCUGGUAGUGGGUUUCUCUCACACUAAGGGUAUCGCCAUUUCAUUCCUCGUCCUGGCUGUUGGGUUUAGUGGCUUUGCCAUCUCCGGGUUCAAUGUAAAUCAUUUGGAUAUUGCUCCACGAUAUGCCAGCAUUCUGAUGGGCAUCUCUAAUGGCGUUGGCACUCUAUCUGGUAUGGUGUGCCCUCUGAUUGUUGGGGCCAUGACAAAAAACAAGACCCGUGAGGAAUGGCAGUAUGUGUUUCUCAUUGCUUCACUUGUUCAUUAUGGUGGAGUUAUCUUCUACGGUAUUUUUGCAUCAGGAGAAAAGCAGCCAUGGGCAGAACCAGAAAACAUGAGCGAGGAAAAAUGUGGAAUAUUAGGAGAAGAUGAACUUGCGAAUGAAACGGAGGAGCUGUAUCGCACAGGGGGUGGCGGCUAUGGAGCAACACUCCAAUCAGGUGAUCCCAAUGGGGCGGGGACUGUAGUGGGCGGAGCUGCAGGAAGCUGGGUCACAGACUGGGAUAAAACGGAAGAAUACAUCCAACCUGUCGGCACAAAUACCUAUCGAGUAAAAGAUCAAUGAUUUUAAGGGAUUUUGGGCUUUGAGGAUUUUUGGGAUAUACCUGGACGGAUUGGGUGGAAAAUUUACCAAAUAUUUCUCCCAGACAGAAACUGAGCCCAAAAAACACCCCAUGAUUUACAUCACACCUUAUUGUAAUAUUACAGCAAUAGAUUCAGCACAAUGUAAGUGUUUGUAUGCACGUUUGGAUGUGUCAGUGUUGGGUGAAUGUGUUAUUUAACAAUGGUUCAAAAGCCCAAUACUGAUUAUACUACACCAGUGUAAGUUUAGACACCUAUUCAUCCAUUACUUUUACUCAUUUUAUUAAUAAUAGCAAAAUAAUCCAAAGAAAAAAUAACACAAAUUAAAAUUAUAUAGAGUAUUAUAUAGUCACCAAAUCAAAAUAAAUGAAUAGUCUCUUAUAUAUGAGCUUCUUCAGAGGUUGCCAUCCAUUGUCAAUAUCACAUUGUGGUGAUUCUUUCAUUGAAGUUCAUGCGGUGCAUUAUGGGAUGUUUUUAAAGACUAUUGAAGAAGUUUUUGUGCAUACUACACACUUUAUGCUUUUCUUUCAUGCACAAAUUAUAAUUGUCGACAAAACAAAUUUCAUUCAUCAAAUCAGGUGUUUUAACUUUUUGACUGGUUGUAAAGUUUGCUGUUUAACCUGAUAAGUAGAGAUUAAUAUUCUUCUUCUAAAUAAAUGUUAUGACUGCCAUUCUCACUAAAUUAUGACAAUCUCAAGCUCUGUUGAGGUUCACACAUUAACAUGUACAACAACAAUAUCAUUUAGAAAAUUUAUCUUUUGUGCAAAUACUGGGUGUUGUGGUGUGUCGUAUUGGUCCCAUUUUAAUCAAAUUUAAACAAAUCACAAUCAAUAAUUCAACCGAAGGCUAGAAAUAUAACCUAAAACUUUUUGGAUGAAUCUUUUGUUUUUGAUAGAUGGUACACUUACUGAUUUAAACUUUAAAAUGAUAUUUCAUGUGUUAUGUUGUAUUGUAUUUUUUAUUCAGCACUGUAAAAAUUCCUUGUUGCACUUACAUUUUUAAGUUUAAUCAACUUGAAUUUACAAUUGAUUUUUCUUGAUGUGAAAAGUUGCUAUAAAUUAUAAAAAUAAAGUUGAAAUAACCUCAACUUCAAUACUAAAUCCAGCUUUAUUCAACUCUUCACUAGUCAGGAAAGUUGAAAUGAAUUGUAAACUUUUUUAUAGUGUGGGAGCGUUCCAGUACAAAUAAAGCACUGUCAACAAAUAUUUAGGCUUAUUAAAAAGUGAAUUUACAUACAAGUCAACUGGUCAGUGUGCUCAUAUGGCGUAGUUUGUGUUUUUGUUAAGGUGUAUGUAGUAUUACAAAAUAUGAUGAUUUUUUUCUAUUUGUCUCUAAGUGUCAUUGCUCUACUUUUAAAACCAUGAUUU